AUGGAUCAACUUAAAAAGAAAAUAAGCUCAAUGAAGCCAUUGAAGCAAAUGGCUGCCACAACAGCUGAGAGAUAUGAAUAUAAAAUAAUGGCCUUGCGGGAACAAGAUAAGCAAAGAUUGAAUGAAUUACAGUUGAGCCAUAAAGAGCUUUCAGAAAAACUCACAUCUCUUCUAAGAAGUCAGCAUGAUGCUGAGUAUUCCAUGAAGAGAUUGAUGAAGGAAAUAGAAAACAUGCAAUCAAAAUAUCAAGAACAGGUCAAUCAACGUCGGUUCUUAGUUACUAAGAUAAAUGAUCUACGUUUUCAAAUGGAGAAGCUGGAAGAAAUCAAAGCCCAACGCCAUGAAGACCCACAAGAAGAUCCUGUCACCAUUAGAACUGCUAUCAGGGAGGCACGUGAGCGGGAAAAAAUAUCCAGUCAAAAAAUAAAUGAAAUGAUUGCUAAUUAUUCGGAUCUCAUACCACAACCCCAAUAUGCUGAACUUGAAGAAAAAUAUAAAGAAAUUAGUGAAAACCGUGAGAAAAUUUUGAAUGAAUUCAAAUCAAUGCAAAACAAACAGAGUGAAUUAUUGGCUGUUCAUUCAAAACUGACAGAGGAGCGAAAUUACUAUUAUGUUGAAUGUGAGAAACUAAAAAGGAUUGAAGUAGCUACAGAUCACUGGAAUAAAUGCAUUGAUUACAUAAAUGGAGGUCAGACAAGUUGGCAGGAAGUGUCUUCAGGAUUGUCUUGUCAAUGUCUGCUUGAGAUUUUGCAGGAAAUGAUCAAUGAAAAUAGUGGUUGUAUAACAAUCACCAAUAGCAUUGCUAUAGAACAUACUGUCCUUCCUGGAUUGGGCCUAGAUCCAAAAGUGCCUGCAUUUUUAAGAUAUGAAGGUGAAGUGCAGAGCUAUAGAAUGUUUGUUCGAGAUUGUUAUCUAAUGGUGGCUGAUAUUUGGGCAGCCAGAAUGAGAGAGACACAGGCUAAGUCUAAACCUUUAAUUGAAUUUUUUAAUGACUAUCUGAAACAACUAUUUCCAACUGCUGCAGAAAGGAUCAAGUGGGCAUACACUUUUAAUACUGCCUGCCAAAAAUUGGCACACAACUAUGACAAUAUUAACCUGUUUCUGGAAAUCCUCAAUGGAAAUGUUGAUGAAAAUAUAUACUAUGCAAGACAAAACCUAUCAUCAGAUCUACUUCUUACAUUACAAGCAGCUGAAAAAAGGAGGCAGGAAGAAAAGAAUGAGGAUACUGUAGAACCACCAGAUGUGGGUUUCCUGACUCAGAAAGAAUUCAGUGAAGAACUUGUGCAAUAUUUCGGUAUCACACACCAAGAGGAUAUGCUUUUUCUGUUAAAGAUGGCCUUACAGCAACUGCAAACAAAGGGCAACAUAGAAUAUACAAAGCUUUUUCUUCUGGACGACGAAGGUGAAGUUGGUUUAUUCUUAACAGCAGUUUUAGAUUGGCAGCAUGAAAUGCAGACAGAAUUUAUUAAUAAAUUACGUCAUAGUGGACAUAGCAGUUCACUCAGUGUAUCCCAAUUUAAAAAAGCUCUUCACAAAGUGGGUUCAAAUUUGGACACUCCUUGUAUUGAUAGAUUGGUUGGCUGGGUGUUUGAAAGCUCAGCUGAAGAUUCAAAUUCUACACUGCCUGCUAAUGACAUUUGUGACAAAUUAAAAUCUACAUUCAUCCCACUUUUUCCCAAAAAAGCACCUAAAAAACCUAGAGCUUAG